AUGAACGAGCUCCCCGUGCUCUUCCCGUACCCUCGGGUAUAUCCUGAGCAAUAUGCCUACAUGUGUGACCUUAAGCGCACGCUGGACGCUGGCGGCCACUGCGUCCUUGAGAUGCCUUCAGGCACAGGUAAAACUGUGUCGCUGCUCUCGCUCAUUGUGGCGUACCAGCAAUUUCAUCCUGAAAAUCGGAAACUAAUCUAUUGCUCGCGUACCAUGUCUGAGAUCGAGAAAGCCUUGGCCGAGUUGAAGGCACUAAUGCAUUAUCGGACACAGGAGCUAGGCUACGAAGAGGACUUCAGAGGACUGGGAUUGACAAGUCGAAAGAACUUGUGUCUCCAUCCUUCCGUCAAGCGCGAGAAGAGCGGAUCUGUUGUCGAUGCGCGAUGUCGAAGCUUGACCGCUGGCUUUGUGAAAGAGAAGAAAGAGCGAGGCGAGGAUGUCGAGCUAUGCGUUUACCACGACAACCUCGACCUGUUAGAACCCCACAACCUCAUACCGCCCGGUGUCUGGACUUUUGACGGUCUGCUCAAAUAUGGUGAGCAGCAGAAACAAUGUCCCUACUUUACAUCGCGGCGGAUGAUGUCCUAUUGCAAUGUCAUCAUCUAUUCCUACCAUUACCUGCUCGAUCCUAAGAUUGCGGAACGCGUGUCGAAGGAGUUGUCAAAGGACUGCAUAGUCGUUUUUGAUGAAGCCCACAACAUCGACAACGUGUGCAUAGAAUCUCUCAGCAUUGAUUUGAACGAAGACUCCCUACGCAAAGCCACUCGUGGCGUCGACAAUCUAGACCGCAAGAUUAAACAGAUGAAAGAGUCAGAUUCGGAGAAACUGCAGAACGAGUACGCGAAGCUUGUAGAAGGCUUGCGGGCGGCGGACGAAGCGCGAGACGAGAAUGCCUUCAUGGCGAACCCAGCACUACCCGACGACCUUUUGAAAGAAGCCGUACCCGGCAACAUCAGAAGAGCGGAGCAUUUCGUAGCAUUUUUAAAACGCUUCGUGGAAUAUUUGAAGACCCGCAUGAAAGUGUUACACGUCAUAUCAGAGACUCCACCAUCUUUUCUUAGCCAUCUCCGAGAUCUGACGUUCAUCGAACGGAAACCCCUCCGCUUCUGCGCCGAACGCCUCACCUCCCUCGUCCGCACACUCGAAUUAACAAACAUCGAAGACUACCAGCCACUGCAGGAAGUCGCGACCUUCGCUACUCUUGUUGCCACCUACGAAACUGGUUUCCUCCUCAUCAUCGAGCCCUUCGAAUCUGCCACUGCAACUGUAGCUAAUCCAGUCCUGCACUUUACCUGCCUCGAUGCCGCCAUCGCCAUCAAGCCCGUCUUCGAGCGCUUCUCCUCCGUCAUCGUCACAUCCGGCACAAUGUCCCCUCUAGACAUGUACCCUCGAAUGCUAAACUUCAACACGGUCGUCCAAGAAUCCUUCACCAUGACGCUCUCCCGCCGCACUUUCCUCCCCAUGAUCGUCGACCGCGGCAGCGACCAAGGCCCCAUCACCUCCUCGUUCGAACACCGCCUCGAAAUGACCGUCAUCCGCAACUUCGGCAGCCUCCUCAUAGAAUUCUGCAAGCUCACGCCCGACGGUGUCGUCGUCUUCUUCCCCUCUUACCUCUACAUGGAGAGCAUCAUCAGCUCAUGGCAAGGCAUGGGCAUCCUCGACACAGUCUGGAAAUACAAGCUCAUCCUCGUCGAAACGCCCGACGCGCAGGAAACUUCCCUCGCACUGGAGACCUUCCGCACAGCCUGUAACAACGGCCGCGGCGCCGUCCUCCUCUGCGUCGCCCGCGGGAAAGUCUCCGAAGGCAUAGAUUUUGACCACCACUACGGCCGCACCGUCAUAAACAUGGGCGUUCCCUACCAGUACACCGAGUCGCGCAUUUUGAAAGCACGCCUAGAAUUCCUCCGCGAGACGUACCGCAUCAAGGAAUCGGAUUUUCUCUCUUUCGACGCCAUGCGCCACGCAGCGCAGUGUCUGGGUCGUGUCAUCCGCGGAAAAGACGACUACGGCAUCAUGGUCCUGGCGGACAAGCGGUUCGGCAAGAAGAUCACGCAGCUGCCCAAGUGGAUACAGAUGGGUCUCGAGAUCAAGAACACGAAGCUUAGCGUCGAUCAGGCGGUUAAUAAUGCGAAGGCUUUUCUGCGCGAGAUGUCGGUGCCGUAUGCGAGGGGGCAGGGAGAUGGACAUUCGAGCUGGAGUUUGGCGGAUUUGGAGUCGCACCAGGCGAAGAAGAAGUCGGAGGCUAUUAGCGGGACGGAGAAUCCUACUACGAGGGCGUUGGAGGGCAGGGCGGAGAGAGUGGUCGAGGUUGAGGAUGAGUUUGGGGGCGCGGGCAUGGACGAUGUUAUGGCGGGGCUGGACGGGUAG